UCACGUCUUAACAGCACUGGGCAUGUCCUGGCUCUAAUAUUUACAGGAGAAACAAAAAUUUAACAUUUGAAAUUCCUUAUAUAAAUAAUUAAUUUGUCCACAAAACAUAAAUAUUAAGGUAAAUUGAAGCUUUACUUGUUCUAAUAUUUUGAUAAGAGUUAAAGGCGGUGGUUCGUGGGAUAUUAAUAACAUUGAGUGAGACGGAAGGUUGCUGUUAAACGUGACCCUUGUGUUCAUCUAAUACAACAGUAACUCAAGUGACCUACACAAAAGAAUCACGUAGAUUCUUAAUAUUAAUAAAAAAUCACUCAUAUUCCUAAUAUUUGACUAAGUGAACUAUUACAGAGAAGCGGAAGAACAUCAUGAAUAUACGGUGUGCAAAGCCAGAAGACCUGAUGCACAUGCAGCAUUGCAACCUGCUGUGUCUACCGGAGAACUACCAGAUGAAAUAUUAUUUGUACCAUGGUCUCUCUUGGCCACAGCUCUCUUAUGUAGCAGAGGAUGAUGAGGGGCAGGUUGUGGGGUAUGUACUUGCCAAGAUGGAAGAGGAGAGUGAGGAGGACCCCCAUGGACACAUAACAUCCCUGGCUGUGCGCCGAAGUCACAGACGUUUAGGGCUGGCACAGAAACUCAUGGAUCAGACGGCUAGAGCGAUGGUAGAGUGUUUCAAUGCCAAGUAUGUCUCUCUCCAUGUCCGAAAAUCAAACCGAGCAGCUCUAAAUCUGUACACUAAUACAUUGAAAUUCACGAUCUCAGAAAUUGAGCCCAAGUAUUACGCAGAUGGCGAGGACGCCUUUGCUAUGAAGAGAGAUCUUUGUUCUUUUGCACUUCAAAAUGAUGUCACCCCAGCAGAUCCCAACUCCUUCUUUGACAAUAAAAAAAAUGAAGAAAAGUGAAAUUCGGUAAUCACUUCUAGUUGAGAUAUUCUCAAUGAUCAUGAAGAAGAAAAAUAACUGAAAUGGUGAAGUUCAGUGUAAAACAAUAUAAGACAUAUACUGUAGCAUGAGCAAGGGCUUGGGGGAAGAUAAAUAUAUAUUUGAGUGUAUGUGCAUAUAUUUGGAAUACAACUACUGUACCAUAGCUAUGCAUGAAGAAAAGAGCUGCUACUUGCUAUUAAUUGGAUGUUGUGAGAGAGAAAGUCCUCACUUUUGUAACUAUUUCAGAUUAUGUUUAUUACUUAUUCAUUUUGUAUUCAGUACCGUAUAAACAAAACUGAAUCAAUUGCUAAUGACAAAUUCCAUGAGUGAAGCAAUUUGCAAAGUUAAAAAAAGGAAGAGAGAAAGAAUUCUCAGUCAUAAGAGGAAAUAUAGUAUAAACCGAGUACAGUGCAGUAUAUUUAUUAUCCUUAAAGGUAAUGUUAAGUUUUUCCAGUGAGACAUAAGCUUGUCCAUGAGUUAUACCUCAAUCUGUGACCCUCAUAAUAUAACAUUUUUCAAGUUAGUGUUUGAGGUUGGACUCAAAAUCUAUUUAUUGUACCUUGUGGUUGAAUAUAUUUUAUUGUCAAAUAUUGACAGCAUGUCGUACUGAAAUAUGUGUAUUUAAAUAAGUUACAGUUUAUACAGUAUAUUUGUAAUUGACAGAACAGUAUGUACGUAAUGUGUAUUCAUUCAGGUUAUGCCGAUAAUUUGCACUUGUAUCCAGGACUUUUGUGUUUGUUUAAAAGAUGGCUUGUUAUGGCUUUUGGUGCACUGAGUAUUGUACCUUUAUUCCCUUCUUGUGUUUUUAAUAUGAAUAAAUAAAUUCAAUUUAGGAGGAAAUUGUA